AUCAAUUCGUUUCUCUUUUUUCCACAAAAGGGUGCCGCUGGUGGAAGCACAGUCUACAACCCACAGACCCCCGUUACUGCCGGUAAAGCCCCCCCCAGGUUAAGCCUUCAGGUACAGCCCUCACUGCAGGUAUACCUUCCCUUGGGUCUGUGGCUAGCAGCUGUGCCUCCACCGGUGGCCCUCCUUCCGCUCGUCCUCCAACUCGCCACGCAUACACCAAUCCCCUUCCACUCUCGCCACACCAACCCAGUAAGUGCGUCCCCCUCCCUGGAUCCAGCCUCGCAAUGUCUCUGUUACUCCCUUCAGUUCUUAUUCGCUUCGCAUGUACUUUCACACCCCUCCCCUUAAAGACAAUGCCACUGGUUGCGCCCGACCCACGUACCACACACCCCCCUACUUCAGGUAAACCCUUCAGGUGCUCCCCCCUCAGGUUCAGCCCCCCCCAGGUGCAGGUCCCCUUGGGGUCUGUGGCGUGUGGCCGUGGCUCCUCCAGUUGCCCCUCCCUUGAUCGUCCAGCGUUGGCUGCUUCCAAUCCGUGGCUUGUGCCUGCUGCCAUGCCAUGCACACUGACCACUGCCGUGUGUGUGCAUUGCAGGUGCUGGGGAGGGGCGUGGGGUCAACACCGACAUUCCCCCACGCCCCUCCCCCGUGGCCGUGCAGGGACGCACUCGGGAGCGCUGGGAGGAGGGCUGCCGUGGAAGGGAGUCGCCUGCUGGUGCCUCUGCUGCCUGCUGCUCGCCCUCACGCCACGGCUCUAAGUUAAGUGGCCGUUCCUCCCUGCCCUCACUCUUGCAUGUCACAUCACGUUUUGCAAUUGCUGUCAUUUCGAUUCUUGCAUGUGCUUCCGUACCCCUCCCCUUCAAACAAUGCCACUGGUUGGGCCCGGCGUACAUGCCUCAGACCCCCUGAUUCAGGUGCAGGUAUCCUCCCUCAGGUGCAGGUACCCCCCCCUCAGGUUCAGCCUCCCCCAGGUGCAGGUCCCCUUGGAGUCUGUGGCGUGUGGCCGUGGCUCCACCAGUGGCCCCUCCCUUGUUCUUCCAGCCUUGGCAGUUUCCAGUCCGUGGCUUGUGCCUGCUGCCAUGCCAUGCACACUGACCACUGCCGUGUGUGUGCAUUGCAGGUGCUGGGGAGGGGCGUGGGGUCAACACCGACAUUCCCUCACGCCCCUCCCCUGUGGCCGUGCAGGGAUGCACAUGGGACGGCUGGGAGGAGGGCUGCCUUGUGCUGCAAGGGAGAGUAUCUGGGGUGGGCUCGGCCUUUCAAGGUGAUCCCUUUCCUUGUGCCGCUAUGUGUGUUCGAUCGCUUUCUGGUUUUGUCCUAUUUGGCACUCCCUUCCCUGGACUCACUUCUCUCUUCUCCCUUUCCCCCCCCUCCCCCCCAACUCCCCUCCCGUCCCCUCCCCGCCCUCGCUCGUGGCAGGUCUUUUGCCAGCCCCAACUAGCAGGGCCUGUACCUGAGAGCGGUGCAGCAGCAGCAGCAGUGGAUGCUGCUGCAAGGGAGAGUAUCUGGGUCGGGCUCGGCUGUUGAAGGUAAGCCCCACUCUUCCCUGCUGCAGUACCUGCUCGUUCACUUUCUGCUUCUGUUUCCAUUGGCUUUCCCUUCCUGGCACUCAUUCCUCUCGUCUCCCUUCCUCCUCGCCACCCCCCAACCCCUCCCCCCCCUCCUGGCAGGUCACUUGGCAGCAGCCAGCGAGACUGCAGCAGAGCCUGUAGCUGAGCAGCAGUGGUGCGGCUGUUGUGGCAGCAGCAGCAGGGUUUCCUCCUGCAAGGGAGAGUAUUUGGGCUGGGAUUGGCUGUUCAAGGUAAGCCCCUCUCCUCCCUACUGCAAUUCCUGUUCAUUCGCUUUCUGCUUCUGUAUUGGUUGGCGCGCCCUCCCCUCCACUCACUUCUCUCUUCUCCCUUCCUCCUCACCACCCCCCGCACCCCCUCCCCCCCUCCUGGCAGGUCACUUGGCAAUGGCAGCAAGUCUGCAGCAGAGCCUGUAGCUGAGCAGCAGCAGCAGCAGCAGGGACAGGGCAGCAGCAUGGGCGGGGGUCUGUUAAGGGCGAUAGGUGUGUGCGAGGUACCGGUAUGGUAUGGUAUGGUGUAGGUACAGGUAUGGUAUGGUGUAGGUACAGGUAUGGUAUAGUGUAGGUACAGGUAUGGUAUGGUGUAGGUACAGGUAUGGUAUGGUGUAGGUACAGGUAUGGUAUGGUGUAGGUACAGGUAUGGUAUGGUGUAGGUACAGGUAUGGUAUGGUGUAGGUACAGGUAUGGUAUGGUGUAGGUACAGGUAUGGUAUGGUGUAGGUACAGGUAUGGUACGGUAUGGUGACAUUCCCCUCCUCUUUCUCCUCCCUGCCUCCCUCAGCAGCCUCCCCUUGGCGCAUUGGAUUGGAGCAAGCAGAGGAGCAGAGGAGAGUAUCUCACACCCCCCUCCUCUUUCUCAGCAGCUUCCCCUUGGAGCUCUGGAGCUAGCAGAGGAGAGCUGUUCUCACCCCCUCCUCUUUCGCCCCAGCAGCUUCCCACCCCUUGGUGCACCAGAGGAGGAAGCAAGAAGGUUGCUGUGGAGAGUCCCUCACACCCCCCAACCCCCUCCCUCCCCCAGCAGCGUCAAAUCCCUUGGCUGGGCAUGGCGGUGGUAAGUGAGGUAAGCUGAAGGCGUGGGGGAGGGGAUGGAGUGCAACUACACGUGUCAAGCACUCUGUGUCCAAUCGCAAUACCCGUGCGUUAAUGCAUAAUGGGCCCAUGGCAGACCAUUGCGGCCGAAUGGUUCUGUCUCGCGCCAGCUCUUGCCACGCCGGUGAGGGGUAGUUGGAUCUUGGGCUUACCGUGUACUUGCCUCCUGCCUCACUUGGCACCUCAGCGCAAUGGGUACUGCCGGUGCUGCUUCUAAGGGGCCUGUGCUGCAUGCCGCUCCUGCUGCUGGCGGUUGAAGGGAUGACUCCGCCCCUUGCCUGGGUGCCAACUUAUUUAGGGGGUUCUCACAACCCCUUUGCCGGAUCACAUUGCCACCCCAACCUUUCACCAUUCACCAGCACCAGCACCAUCACCACUCCUCACCUGGCGCCCAGCCCCUGGCCCUCUGCCAGUUUUGUUGUGC